CGUCGGGUCUCUCCGCCCGCGCUCGAACGCCCAGCCUACUCCUUGUUACCUAUUCUCCAACGACUACCGACUCCCGAAUCCCGACUCCCGGUUCCGGCGUGUGUAGACACUUGAACAACACGCCGCGCCCGUGGGCCAGACAUGCGAACAUACACCUAAAGUCUAUCGCGACGGGGCAAGAUAUCCACACGGAGGUAGACAGGAAACAUCUCCGUGACUUCCCCGCGCAAGCUCACACCUGGAGACGACCAUGACGGGCCCGACUGUUGACAACACGUCUGUCCCCCGCGCAGUUCGGCCAGCUUCGCGCCCUCCGCGUGCUGGCCGGGCUGGGAGCAGCACGAGGAAGGCCGCCAUCCAACCGAGGACCAUGGCCGCCGCGAACAGCCCCGAGAUGUCCGGUGAGGAUUCGGCCGACUUGUCUUUGGAUGAGUUCGUCUCCCGGUCCGAGAGCGCCAGGUCACCCAGACAAGGUUCCAUUAAGCCAGAGUCCGAAGAUGCUUCCGGAGUGCAGGACGACCUUGGAGAGGCCCCGAGCAUGCCCCUACAGAAACGCCGCAGGGUGACGAGGGCAUGCGACGAGUGCCGCCGGAAGAAGAUCAAGUGCGAUGGGAAGCAGCCGUGUACGCACUGCUCGGUGUACAGCUAUGAGUGCACGUACGAUAAACCGUCUAACCGCCGCAGGAACCCCGCCCCCCAGUACAUCGAAGCUCUGGAGGCGAGGCUCCAACGAGCCGAGGGUUUGUUGCGCAAAUUCAUGCCUGACGUUGAUCUUGCCGACCCCAAUCUGGAUCCUGCAGUCCAGCAAGAGUUCCGAAAUAGGGAGAAGGCCAGGGCUCGCGCCAUGGAGCUCAAGAUGGAGGCCUCCAGGGACCAGCAAGAGGAGAGCCAAGACCCUCAGAUCAUAUCCAUGAUCGAGUCAAUCGGCCAGUUAGAACUCAAAGAGACCGGCGAAUGGGAUUUCAAUGGCAUCUCCUCGGGCGCCGUCUUCCUCCAGCGUAUGAAAGACCACUUUCAAACCCUCCUCGGAAAUGAAUACCACAUCCCCUUCUUGCCUCGACCAUCGGUACCGCCUGGCCUGUUCAGCCUCGACUCCCCGAAAUCCGGUGCCAGCUCGCCUUCCAACUCUCCCGCCAUCUACGAUCUCCCUCCCUUGGAACGGGUACGCACACUCUGCUACUACUCUCUCGAUUGUGCUACUUGCCUCCUCCGGAUCGUCCACCAGCCGACCUUCUACGAAAGGCUCGACAAGCUUUACACGACGCCACAAGAAUCCUGGGGUAGCGAUGAGCACAGGUUCCUUGGCUUGCUCUACUCGGUGCUAGCACUCGGUUGCGUGUACAACGUCUCCCAGGACCACGAGUCGGAGGACCCUGUGACCUACAAGUCGGCGGUGAAAGAAGGGGUGAAAUAUUAUACAACCGCGCGGUUAAUCCUGCAGGAUGUUGCGGAAUGUCGCGACAUGGCUUCUCUCCAGGCGCUCGUGUACAUGAUCCUGUUCCUCCAAGCAACUUCCAACAUCAGCGACUGCUACGCGUUCCUCGGAAUCGCUCUCCGAUCGUGCUUGCGCAUGGGGCUACACCGCCACCUAUCACACGACAAAAUUACUCCGAUCGAAGACGAGUCCAGGCGGCGGGUAUUUCAUGUUAUCCGCCAAAUGGACUUUUACGUUUCCGCUAUCCUGGGGUUCCCUCUUCUGCUCCACGACGAGGAUGUCGACCAACCCCUUCCGACCGAGGUAGACGACGAGUACAUUACCAAAGACGCAAUCACGAUGCCGCCUGCAGGUACACCGUCUUACUUUCAGGCGUUCAACGCGCACAACAAGCUUAUGAGGAUACUUGCGAAGGUGGUAAAAAACAUAUACCCGCUCCGGGGGAUGACGGACGGUGUAAAAGAGCAGCGAACCGACAGGACGUUCUUGAUCAACUAUUCUCGGGUUCAGGCCAUCGAGUCGGAGCUCCAGGAUUGGCAAUCACAACUGAACGAAUACUGGCGGCCAAGCCAUGACGGCCCGAUCGAGGUUAUCCGUGUUCGAACCCUCCUCCGCUUCGGCUACGCCCAUGUCCAGAUGAUGCUGUACAGACCUUUCCUCCACUAUAUCUCACCACGUCUAACUGCCGGCAAGAAAGUCGAGAACCGCUACUAUCACUGCGCUGCGGCGGGCAUUACCGUAUCGCGGAACAUCAUUCACAUCGGGAGCGAGAUCCAGAAACACGGGGCACUUAUCGGACCGUAUUGGUUUAUUUUAUAUACCGAGUUCUUUGCCAUACUUUCUCUCGUGUUCUUUGUCCUGGAAAACCCCGAUAAACCAGGGUCUGCCGAGAUACUGGCCGAUGCUAAGGCUGGAAGGGACGUCAUCGCAACUCUUGCGAAACGGAGCCUGGCGGCCGACCGUAUAACUGUUGCUCUCAACCCCCUAUUUGACCAGUUACCAGACCAAGUGAAGAAACCCACGGGGCGGCCAACGCCGACGAAGAAACGAUCGGCUCCGGUCACAACCUCGUCCCAAGGGUCAAGAGCAGGCAGCGCGGCGCUACCCAGCCGCCCUGAUUUACAGGACGGCAUACCACAGCGGAGAUCAGAAGAGAUGACUCGCCCGGCGAUCGGCCUGCUUCGGCGAGAGGCACGAGCCCCGCCUCAAAGAACAGCAUCCUUCGACACCAUCGGGUUUCAACAUGGCAGCCUGGCGGGACAAAACUUUACCAACCUCCAGGAUAUCUUACCCAUGAACAUGCCCAUGUCGGGGACGGGUUCAGAUUCUAGCAGCACACAGGGAACGAUGCACAGACAUACGCAAGGUUUUCAGCAAGGGCAGGCCGCAGGCGGACCUGCCAGCUCGUUGUACAAGAUGGACGCGAUGAUGUUUCCCUCGGAAGACCCCUUCGCCUACCCGAACCAACCGCCGAUAGAUCCCGCUACCCAGCAUCCGGGCAGCCAGACGCCACAAUCGAGCGCCGGCCAGUCCCACGACGCCAUGCAGUUCUACAUCCCCAACAUGUACGACGGGAUCGAGGGGCAGCUUCUGGAGCCUAUCCCCUCGUAUCUCAUGUCGCAAGGGCCACAGAGGCAAGGGCAGCACGGACUGGACGCAACGGCGCAAAUGUACAACACUCCCGGCAUGCUCACAAUGCAGCCCGACCACGGAAGCCACGCACAUCAGCAGCCGCAGCAUCACCACCAGCAGAUGACCCAGCAACAGCAUCAGCAACAACAGCAGCAGCAUCAGCAACAGCAACAGCAGCAAAGCGGCGCUAUGAUGGACGAAAUGCUGACGGAUCCGAGCUUCCGAGGCGAGUGGGAUGAUAUGUUGGGCAAUCCCGGAUAUCGAUGAAGGAGCUGUUAAGGUAUGGGAGGCAACGACUCGAGGAUGACGGGGCGGGGGGGAGGGGAGCGGUAUUCGAGGGUGAAUGGGUGGGCAGAAGAAG